AUUUUGUUGUUGUACUAAUUGCGUUUAUCAGCAUCUGUAGUAGAAUUCCAAGAUUUAUACUUAGAAAAUUAUUUGUCUUUUUUGUCACUAUUAUUGGUAAUAAAAACAAACUUGUAAAGACUAAGUGGGUAUAUUUAUUUUGGAAGCCUAUUUAGCAAAUUAUUCAAGACCAACGGCACGCAACUGAAAAGUUCAAUAACUGCACGUUUCGAAGAUGGAUAUAAGCGAGAGCUUUGAACAACAGCAACAACAAUCCGAAAAUCUGCAGCAACAACAUCAACAACUGCAAAUGCAAUGUGAACCCGCUUUUCAGCCACAAAAUAUUGGACCUACAACCACGCCCUUGGCGGUGCCUUUUACGCUACCAGCUACAAAUGGCUUCGAUCCAACAACGAUAAAUCCAUCAUCAUCGCCUCCAUUUGUGUCAUCUGGACAAGCCAUACCUCUACCGGCUCCGCCACAAAUGAAAUCACCGUUAAUGGUCCAACCGCCACCACAACCCCAGGGACUGGAACAGCAGCAUCGUCCAAGAAAUGAUAUUGAUAUUGAUUCUUUACUACUCCAACAGUUUAGCUGUUUGGGUACAACUGAUCAUGAGGAUUUGGUUAAGCAAUUCCAAAGUCUCAUGAAUAAUCAAGUGGAUCAAGAUGCUGCAAAAUUCUAUUUGGAAAUGAGUAACUGGAAUCUGCAAACGGCUGUCGGCUGCUACUUAGACAUCCACACUUUUCAAACGCUGCCUUCGAUGAAGAUUGUCCGUCAAUCUCGUCCAAGUGAACAUCAGCAGGCGUUUAGGCUACAAAAUGAUGGCACUAUUGACUGGCCGAUCGGAUGCUACCUAACAGCACCUAGUCAGAAGCAGCGGAUUGAAGUUCCUGCUUUAAAGCCAGGAGAAACUUGUGAUAUUUUAGCCGAUAUUCCCCCAAAUCAGCCAGCGCUUAUGUGGAGAUUGUGCACACCAAAUGGUUGGAAUGUGGGAGAACCUAUAUGGAUGGUUCCGCCAGGUAUGACGGAUACACAGGCUGAACUUAGCGACCGCAUGUCGCAGCUAUUGAUGUCGGUGGAUUCGUCCAACAGCGACAGUUGUCCACAAGUGAAUGUUGUGAUAUCGGUUAACAUGGAAUGAAACAAGAGUGUAUUGAAGCGAAUGAAGCGUUCGGGAGAGUGUUGAUUUACAUAAUAAAUAUCCGAUUUCUUUGUUUUACAUUUUAACGAUGCUCUUUGUAAUAUUGGUUAAUUUUUCCUUUUUUCCCCCAUUCUUAUAUAUAAUACGCAUACAUAUAUUUCUUUUACUACAUAUAUUUAAAAAGAAAAUUACAUUGGUACUAAUAAAUUUAGAAAUGGUUUGAAUAUUUUAUAAUGCCUUAGGACAGUAAGAAGAUAAAAAUUGUAAUGAUUAAACAUUCAUCCAUAUGUAUAUGAGCGUCUAUAUAUUCACAUACAUAUAGAUGCACAUGUGUAUAUUGUUUUAUUACCUUUAUUAGUACAUGCAUACAAAUUAUUUUACACGCUCAAUAGGCAUAAGCAAUGCAACUUACUUAGUUUGAAAUUUAAUAAAGAGUGAAGUUCAUGGAGACAAGA